AUGGUGUGGCAAAAUAGAAGGGUUAAUUCAGGUUUUCUGGCAAGAAACCAUGUGAGAAAAUUUAGGUCUGAUCCAAACAUUCCAACGAGUAGUUUUAUGGAGACUGUGAAAGAGGACUGCAUGUAUGAGAUUUCAAAGCAUCAGUUCUACAGGACAAGAUCGAAAUGUGCAGAAGUUAUUAAUGGGAUUGUAGCUGAGCAGUACAAAAUUUUAUGGGAUUACGGUGAGGAAUUGAAGAGAACAAAUCCAGGUAGUACAGUCCAAAUCGAAGUUUCGGGACAUACUUUUAAGAGAAUGUACAUCUGCAUAGGGGCUUGUAAGGAAGGGUUUAAGGCUGGGUGCAGGCCAGUUGUUGGGUUGGAUGGAUGCUUCCUAAAAUUUGCAGAAGGUGGACAGUUGUUGGCAGCUGUUGGCAUUGAUGGUGAGAAUUGUAUGUUCCCGUUAGCAUGGGCAGUUGUGGAUGCAGAGAACAAAACAAACUGGCAAUGGUUCAUAGAAUUGUUGGUUGGUGACAUAGGGAUGCACAACCCUCGAGUUUGGACAUUCAUUUUCGACAAACAAAAGGGUUUGGUGGAUUCCAUAAGUCAAUACUGUGAAGGAGCGGAGCAUAGGUGUUGUGCUAGACAUCUUUAUAGCAAUUUCAUCUUGGCAUACAAAGGUCUGGCACUUAAGAACUUAUUUUGGAUUGCAGCAAGGGCAACAACAGUGCUGGAGUGGAAGAGUGCAAUGAAUGAGUUAAAAGACAUAAGUGAAGAGGCUUACAACUGGUUCCUUGAAAAACCUCCUUCCCAGUGGACCAGAUCCCAUUUUGAAGAGCAUUCAAGAUGUGAUAUCCUUCUUAAUAAUUUGUGUGAGGCAUUCAACUCUUCCAUUGUUGUUGCCAGAGACAGGCCCAUCAUCUCCAUGUUAGAGAAAAUUCGGCAUCAGCAAAUGAUAAGGAUGAAUGCAAAAAGGGAAGCGGCAGAGAGGUGGGAUCAUGCAUUCGGGCCAAGAAUUGUGAAAAUCAUUGAGAAGGCUAAGUCUGAGGCAAGGUACUUGAAGGCAGACUAUGCAGGCAACCAGAAAUUUGAGAUAAGCAGCAGAGACGGUUUGAGGUGGAGCGUUGACUUGACAGAACAUGCAUGUGCUUGCAGAAAAUGGCAGCUCACUGGAAUACCAUGUCCCCAUGCAAUAUCAGGCAUGCUUUCAAGGGAUAUUGGCAUAUAUGAGUACAUCGACCCAUGGCUUGAACUGUGGCCAGAAUUGGGAAAGCAUCCUCUCACUCAACCUCAGAAGAGAAAACAGGCUGGAAGACCCAAAAAAUUGAGGAAGAGGUCACAGGCAGAGCCACCUACAGGCGUGAAGAUGGGAAGGACUAGCAUGAAGAUGAUGUGUAAACGCCGUGGAGGGUCUGGACAUAACAAAAGAAGCUGUAAGGAGGCACUGCCUGGUGACGAUAGUUCACAGCAACAGUCUCAAGCAACCACACAAGAAGAUACACAUACCAGAUCAACAAAGGGAAAGAGAAAAGCACAUUCAACACAAACCUCCAAGUCAAAGACAAAGAAGUCCAAGCAUAGAGGAUCGCAAUCUUGA